UAACAAUCUAUCCCGCACUGAAUACUUCCGGGUUGAGAAUUUUUUGCAUUUUUGUUGAUUUUUUAUAAAAUUUUGACCAAAUUCGGUUUAAACAUGGCCGCAACAGAUGUUCAAAGGGUCCCAUCAAAUGCUGGAGAUUUAGUUCGCUCAGUAUUGCAGGCUCCUGCCCCAGCUAGCCGAGGCCAGCAGGCCAAUGGACCAAGGAAUCUCAAUCUAACAGGACAUGUUGGUUUCGACAGUUUACCUGAUCAGCUUGUAAACAAGUCUGUUGCUCAGGGGUUCUGUUUUAAUAUCCUGUGUCUUGGUGAGACUGGUAUUGGCAAGUCAACAUUGAUGGAUACACUGUUCAACACUCACUUUGAUUCUACACCGUCCACUCAUGACUUGCCAGGUGUGAAACUCAAGGCUAAUACUUAUGAGCUGCAAGAGAGCAAUGUAAGACUGAAGUUGAGAAUUGUUGACAGUGUUGGUUUUGGAGAUCAAAUCAAUAAGGAAGACAGCUGGAAGUCUAUUGUAGAUUACAUAGACAGUCAGUUUGAAGCGUUUCUUUCGGAGGAGCUGAAGAUUAAAAGAUCCCUGUUCAACUAUCACGACAGCAGGAUCCAUGCUUGUCUGUAUUUCAUUGCACCAACUGGGCACUCACUGAAAGCUCUGGAUCUAGUCACAAUGAAGAAACUGGACAGUAAGGUGAACAUUAUCCCUAUCAUUGCCAAGGCUGACACCAUCACCAAGGCUGAACUACAGAAGUUUAAAGCGAAGAUCAUGAGUGAGUUACAGUCAAAUGGUGUACAGAUUUACCAUUUCCCGACCGAUGAUCAAACUGUAGCAGAUACAAAUAAUGCCAUGAAUUGCUGCAGAGUUGUGAGACGUGAAGAUAUCAGAGGACAUUUACCAUUUGCUGUGGUAGGCUCGAGCGAUGAAGUAAAAAUUGGAAACAAAAUGGUGAAGGCCAGACAGUACCCAUGGGGAACUGUACAAGUUGAGAAUGAGAAUCAUUGUGACUUCGUGAAGUUACGUGAGAUGCUGAUAAGGACCAACAUGGAGGACCUAAGGGAGACAACUCAUAGCAAACAUUUCGAACUUUACAGACGUCAUAAACUUGAACAGAUGGGGUUCUCUGAUGACCAGUCCAAGAGUUUGUCCGAAACUUAUGAGCAGAAACGUCAGGAGCAUGUAGCAGAGCUGCAGAAGAAAGAGGAAGAAAUGAGACAGACAUUUGUUAUCAAGGUGAAAGAAAAGGAAGCUGAGCUUAAGGAGGCAGAGAAAGAGCUGCAUGCCAGUUUUGACAGUUUGAAGCGUCAGCAUGCAGAUCAAAAACAGAAGAUUGAGAACAGCAAGAAGAGUUUAGAGGACCAGAUGAACUUGUUCAAUCAACGAAAGGCCCAGUAUCAGGCACAGCAGUCCACCCUCGGCAAGAAGAAAAAAUAAUCAAGGACAUUAAACUAGAAAUUUCGAAGAUAUUUUAACAAAAAAUGUGCAUUAUUUUAAAGAAAAGACCAACUGAUUUUGACCAAUUUCUAUUAUUUUUUUUUGUAAGUGUUGCAUGUUUUGGGAUUUUUUUUUGUGUGCCCAGAAAAUAUUUUGAUUUUUAAUGUGAGCUUUUGUUUAAGUUGAAAAACCCGAACUGUGAAUAAUUCAAAUGCAUUAAAAAUGCAUGGACAAAUAGUGCUGAGAUUUUAGUUCUGUUAUUGAUAGAAACUAUUAUUUAAACAGGCCAAAAGUCAUUGGUUGAAUCAAAAUUAUAAAAAUGUAUAUGUAGUGCUUUUGUAGAUAUUAUAUAGUUGGCAUUUUGGUUUUUAAACAAAUUUAUGUGCAAUAACAUUAAAACAGUCAGAUCAUA